AUGGCUUCUGUGCAAGCGCAGCGAAAGGGGGAGCUUUACCCCAUUUUGAGGUCUUCUACUGAUGCACGUGCUCAGCCAAAUGCGACAUUGAGGACGGCAGUGUCUCAGUCAUCUACUGCGCGCCCUUCAUCUUACAACAACGGCGGCGGACCUCUGUCACGGAUUCUGCGUCCCGGUGGGCAACUAAAUGGCAGUUGGCAGUCCAGAAACACGCUACCUAGGCACCGGGGGGGUGAUUUGCGUCAGAAAGAACAUAUGUACCAAAGCAAGGAAGCACUAAGGGACGGUGGCAACAAACAGGGUAACGCCCACGUUCAAAACUUGUGGAAAGCGGGCCAACCCAGUUCUAUCCCGCGGACCGUAGCAAUGACGCCAAGCAAGCCUGGUUCGCAGUCGACCAGCUAUGCAAAAUCACAAAAGGGGUUGGACGCUACUCACAGUCUCGCUCUUCGCAGACUGAGGGUGAGUGCAGGACAUCCUACGGUUGCAGAGGCGUCACCUGCUGGAGCAAUCAAGCCUUCUCUAGGUACGUCGUGCCCAUUGAAAUGCACAUUCUGCGGGGCGGAACUGCUGACGCGAAAAUAUUUCGCAUCAGCGUGGCCUGAGUUCAUCAUGUGCGCCAAGUGCAAGGAUGGGCUGCCCACGUGUCACGUGUGCCACCGCAAGGCAGCUCAUGCAGAGCACACAGACAUCUGCUGGCUUCCGAGCAAGUUUGUGGGAAACAAGGAGUCAUCGACGACGACAGGACUUACUGACCAAGAAAACCGAAGGACUUUAUCCGGGGGUUGUCACAGGCCACCGGCUAGUAUCGGGGGCCUCAAUCUUUGCAGUGAGUGUGUCUUGUUAUUCCCCGUGGUUGAGGACAAGCAAGUCAACCGACUGUUCAAAGAGGCAGUCACGAUUCUACGCAAGGAGGCAAGCAUUUCUUUCGACGAUAGUCGUGUAUUCCAUCAGAGUAGACUGGUCGAACCGGCCACUGCAUCUGGACUGGCUGACAAGAACGGAUGCGGGGGAUUCCCGUUCCCAGUUCAUGCGGUGGAUCUGGCAUCUCUCAAGACGUCGAUAUACGCGAAACACUCACUUCACGGCGGACACACCACGUUUGGGCGAUGCGAAACGUUGGAAAUAAUCGAGAGGCAGACAAACCCCCCACUGGUCUCCAGAAUGCGUGCAGUGAGGCAGAUAUUGGUGGCCAAGGGUUUGCCAGAGAGUGUUUUCUUGGCGCAUUUAGCCCACGAGUUAAUGCAUGCGUUCCUCUGGUGCUCAAGUAACGGAGGACACGCCACACCUUCCAUUGACCUUGCAGUGGAGGAGGGUCUGUGUAAUGUGAUUGCUGCUCGAGUGUUGGAGCUUCGAGAUGCCCAGUUGGCGUCGAGCGAAAAGCGUAGUCUCGUGGGUGAACAGAGCUGUACAGCUCGUGCUGGUAGACAGUCGGACGUGAGUCACGCUCAGGAAUCAGGAAAGCGGUCACGUACUUCUCAUCUGACCUCUUCAGAGGCGGCAGCAAAUGUAGCGCUGAUCGCUUACGAGAGGAAGGUCAUUGCGGUGCGCCUGUCAAUGAUGUCAGAGGAUAAGGACAAAAUAUACGGUGAUGGGUAUCGAGCUGUCAGGAGGGCUGUCGAAGCACUUGGUAUCAAAAGGGCCCUUCAGUUGGUGCGUACGGCAGGCAGUUCUCUCGAAAUGUUCAAAAGGGCUGUCUUUGGCUCAUCAAUUCUAGCGCAGACGCACAACAUUGCGGAGGUGGCGUGUUCAAGGGCUUGCUAA